AUGUUCGGACCGUCCGGCGGGUUUGACUGUCCACCACCUGGUGUGGGACCACAGCUCCUCAGCUCAGCGGUGUCCGGCUCUGAGUAUCCCCUCCAUUCGAGAAGGAUGAAGGCACAUGCUCCCCCUCCGCCUCCGGCCCCUCAACCUGCUCCACGUCACAUCUUCAGAAACUCUGAACCUGAUGUGGGAAGGACAUCAGCCAUGGAUGCCAAGGAGAACAUACUGAGGCCCAGUGUGGACCUAUAUCUAACCCUACCACAAGGAAACCGCAUUUCAGUAACUGAGGACGGGAGUAAAGCUCUGAUGGACUUGUUGGUUGAGCUGUGUAGUCGCCAUCACCUCAACCCUUCACUGCACACCCUGGAACUUCUGUCCCCUGAGGGCCACUCUUUGGGCUUCAGGCCUAACGCAUGCCUUGGCUCCCUCAAUGUGGCCUGUGUCCUCAUUAAGGAGAAAGCCUUGGAGGAGAAAGUGCCACGCAGACCGGCGCCUAAAGUGCCAGAGAAAACGGUGCGUUUGAUGGUGAACUACCACGUCAGCCAGAAGGCUGUGGUGCGGGUCAACCCGUUGGCUCCACUCCAGGCCCUCAUACCAGUCAUCUGUAGCAAGUGUGACUUUGACCCUGCACAUGUCCUGCUGCUGAAGGACGGCGCGAGUGGUCAUGAGCUGCCGCUGAACAAGUCUCUGACAGAGCUGGGGAUCAAGGAGCUCUACGUGCAUGAUCAGAGCACAGUUUUCCAGCUUAAAACAGCCUCUGCACCUGCACUUAACUACUCAGAUUCCAUUUGCUCCAGUACUGUCAAUUUGGGAAGACCACAAAAGAAAGGCCUACUGGGUAUCUUUCCAUUCAGCGGCCGGAAAUCCAAAGGUCUGACUACAGUCUCAGAAAUCCACUGCAUAGAGGCUCUGCCUGGCACCUUUGACCAGUCGCAGUCAAUCAGUAAUAUUUCCAGGAUUUCCACAAAGACCGAGACCAAAAAAAGAAGAGCCCCUGCACCACCUGGUGCCCCAACACCCAGCAUGGGACAUGCAGGCUUUGAAAGCAACCAGCUUAGGAAAAGAAAGGCUCCAGCCCCUCCUCCCACUCCAUCUUCCAUCACCCAGGAAUCUGACUACACUUCAACUCCUGCUGCUCCUACUCCCGAAAGCCCCACUAUUGAAAUACCCACCCCGGUCUACCACAGCAAAGUGAAACAGUCUGCCAAAAUCCCAAAUGCCUCUGUGGGGGUACAAAUGGUAAAACCAUCUCCUCUUAAAAUACCAGUACAGCCUCCACCUGUGCACAAGGCCUCUCCAACCCACAGUUGUCCAUCCACAAGCAGCAGCACCUCUGACAGCCUGGCUGUGCAGGAUUCCAGCUCUGAACUCUGCCAGAGUCUCGACGACUCUGACACUGACCUGGAGCUGUCUGGUUCCCGCUGCAGCACCACUAGCACAGCAAGUAGCUCUGUGAAGGUCCAGCCUGCAGCAAAAAGCUCCAGCAGCACAAUGCCGAAGUCACCCAGCAGCAGAUCUGCCCACAACAAAGACGGAGACACAUCAGACAGCAGCUCAAGAUCGGAGACAGAGUCGGCCUUAAAUCUGAAACUGGAUGAAGUGGAGAACAACAGACACAGCGCGAUAGCUUGGCUCUAUUCUAUGCAGAGUUCCACAGGCCGGGGCCCAAAACACCAAAAUGAGGAACCUGAGACUCUGUCUCUGGACAGCAGCAGCCUGCCCGACCAAGGUUAUGCAGCUUCUGAGGGAAUGGUAGAGGGCGAGGAAUCAGGCCCGGUUAGUUCUCCAUCUGACACCCAGCCUACCUCCCCAGAUGGUAGCUUUUCCAUGGAUGGAGGUAGAGCCAGAGGAGAGAAACUGCUGCAACAAUAUCGGGAUAAUUCCAGCGACAGUGAUGAGGGAUGUGCCUCCUGGAGAUCAAUACACAGGCACAAUGACACCAGACAUCAGACACAAUCGGUCGAGAGCAAUGAAGAUGACUCGGAGCUCACAACCCAGCUCCAUCAGACUCUGGCAGACCUUGAGGAAGACCUUGCAGCACAAGACUGCUCGUACACCUUGUCCACCAACAGCGAUGAGGUACCUGUGUCUGUCGUGGAUGUGGAUGUGCCAGUCACAGCCAUCGACGAGGUACUGGAGGAUUAUGAGCAUGAUAUUAUUCAACCUGGGGUGAAAUCUCUUACCAGGACUGAGUCAGCUGGCAGCAAAGGUUCAGCGUUUUGCCACAAGUCCAAGGUGGAGCCACAGAACAAAAACAAUAAUGCUUACACAACUGCUGUCAGUGAUAAAAGAAGCUUAGAGCAGUCUGAGCAGCACAGGAUACUUCUGGAUGACAAAUCUCCAGGAGAUCUAAAAGAAGAGAAGAUUACUGAGAAGAAUUUAAUUGAUACCAACAGUGUGAAAACUGUGAAAGACACUAAAAAGACGUCAUCAGCGAAGUCUGAUGUCAAAAUAAAGAAAAAUGGCACAAACGGUGAAAAAAACCCUGAUCUGAUGCACAGAGAGUACCGUGGCACUUCCCAUGGUAAAAUCACUUGCAACAUGACGUCACGCCUGGGCAUGAAAACAUUUACUGUGGUCCCUCCAAAGCCUGUCGUAACGCCUGACGCUACGUUGCAAUCAGCUGUCACCCCAACUGCUGGUGCUAUUAAAAUAGACGAUCAAGGAAAUAUGGUGAAACUGGGCAUCUUCAACUAUAAGGUUAGAAGGUCACCUGAGUCUGAGAAUGAUGAAGAUUUUUCUCUUCCAAGGAAAGCCAAAGCUUUCUGGAGCUCAAAUGAAAGGCAAGAGAAUGCCAUGGCUCAAAGGAAAACUCAAAGGACAGACCACUUGGACAGUGGUCCCACUGGAGGCAUGGAGGCCACAUUGAAGAGCAGUAACACAGAGCAUCAGAAUACAAGUGCAGUUUCUGUCCAUGCACAGAUGUUUCAACCUAAAUUGGUAGUGGAGGAAGAGGUUAAGAAACCACCUAUAGUUGUAAAAGUCACAAACAAAAGCUGGGCUGGGGUAGAGGGCAAUAUAUCGACGUCCAAACAUGUUCAGCUGCCUAAUUCGAAAUCUACCGUUCCUCCUCCACUACCUCCAGACUUGAAAAUGGACCUAUCUUUCCUCAAGCCACCAAGGCGAACCUCAAGCCAAUAUGUUGCAUCUGCCCUCACUAAAUACACCCCAAAGACCUCAGCAAAACCGAGCAGCACCCCAACAAUCCCUGACUUGUCUUCUUCGAAAACACAGACAGCUACUGGCUUCCAAAUAUCAGGUCAAUCCAGGGAAGUGACUUCAACCACAUCAUCUUUGUCAGAUAAUAGGCAGAAUUUCUCUUCAUCUUCACCCAGCCCAGGUCCUAAGAGGUCCAUGAGCUACCAAGAGUAUGUUUCCGACUGUCAAAGGGACGUUGGAGAAGUAAAAUUGGAGAGGAAGGGGUUUGUUCAUUCAACCGUAUCCACCAAAGAAUGUUCUGAUUUUUUGGUCACAGAAGCAUCCAGGAAUAAUCCCAAUCAUUCCACUGGAUCCACCCAAAUGAGAGUGGCAGCCAGUAACAACAUCAAAUGUCAAAUUAAACACACCCAACCGAGCAGCCCAAGCUCAACAACAAGCAGUGCGCCACACUUUUUCUCAAAGCCUCCCACAGCCCCUAAGAUCACAUCCCCAGGCCAGGGCUCGAGGGUCAUAACUAAGGCAGGCCCUGAUGUAAGCUCUGAUGGGAAUCCACAAACCACAGUCACAAUAUCAAACAGUGAUGUGACUUCUGGGCCUGGCGCAGUGACAGUGUUUGGCCCUGUAAAAAAGUUCAAACCAGUGAUCCAGAGAUCUGUGGAGAAGGACACAUCUCUGCACAGCAGCCUGAUGGAGGCAAUCCAGACGAGCGGAGCCAGAGAUAAACUGAAGAAGAUAUCCACCUCUGGCCCCAGCACAAUGAAAGUGGCUUAUGUGGACGAAGAGACUGAAAGAUCUGCUCUGCUAGCCGCCAUUAGAGCCCAAAGCAGCAGCGGCAGACUGCGGAAGACUAAGUCUGAGGCUGCCAGUGAGCUCCAACAGUUCAGGAAGGCAGCUUUUGAGGAGGAGAAAAGCGUGGGCUCUUCUCUUUUCCCUCUUCCGUUGACCUCCUCUUCCCCUGUGUUUAACCCAAUACCUCCUCCAUCUAUGGUGGCACCUCCACCUCCUCCACCUGUCCUGUCCCAGAAUAAGCCCACUGCUGUGGCGUAUCCAAACGCUCACAGCCCCGUGAAUCCUGCCUCAGCCAGAGAGGCCAUGUUGGAAGCUAUUCGUUCUGGAUCUGCUGCUGAGAGGCUAAAAAAG